GCCUAGCCGUGUUGCUUGCUGGUUUACCUCGGUCCGAACACCCGCAAAACAUCCACCACCAUGGAGUUCCUCUCGCGAAACUCCGGCGUCAAGAGACGCACGUCGUUUUCUUUCCUCUUUGGAUCGCAGAAACUCCCCUUCGCAUUGAACAAUGGCCAACCCACGCGGUACUAUGACUUUGUCGAUACCCCCGGCAUCUACAAACCCUCCUCACCCCUGAUCGAGCGUCAAAACAUCCCCACGGAGCUGGAGGCGGAGAUGCGAUACGCCUGCGCGUUGCUCGUAUACCGGAUUGAACAAGGGAGGCACCUGCCAUCUAGUCCCACCAAGAGGUCUCGGGGGAUGACAACCAGCUCGGCGCCGCAAGACCCCUCGACGAUCGCCCAGAUUGACUCGAAAUUCAUCUCGCCAAAGGUCGGGCGAGACGUCGCCGCCUUGAAAGACAAGCACGACUCGGGCGUGGUGUUGACCCAGCAGUCCAGCAUGCAGACCAUGCGAGUCAAGCCCUGCCAGUCCAACCCGCAGACCAAAUCCGCCGACAAGACUGCCUCCGGGCCAGCCACCACGUCCGACUCGAGCAGUUCAGCUCACUCCUGCACCGCCCCUCCCAGCAGAGGAAGUGCCCAGCGGCAGGAACUGGCUGCCGAACCAGACGCCGCGAUCAAGGACCAAACAAAAGCGUUCCUGGAUGGUUCCGAGUCCCAGCCGUCUACUGACGAGGACGAAGACCUCUCCGAAGACGACGUGGAAGUCUUCCUGGACCCGGACGCCAUGGUCAUCUCCGGCGGCGUCCACAGCUUCAGCUCCCCCCAAGCCAACCUCAACAAAUCAUCCCCGAGCCUGGGGGUAUCCGUCGACCCUUCCAACAACCAAUCCACGGAAACCGGUCCCGCAGACAGCGUCGCCUCCCUGCUGGAGCACCGCCCCGGCGUGAUCAUCGACCGAAGCGGUCUUGCGCACGUCAUGACCGCCGCGGAGGAGUCGGAACGCGACAUAAACCUACGGCAAGCCGUUCUCGCGAAGAUGCGAACUGGCACCAUCGCCCACGCCAGCUCCCCGCAUCUUCCAGCCUGCGACAUGGCGCGGGAACACCGAGCCGCGGAUCUCCGUCCGGGAUCCAACGCCUCCCGACUCAAAACCUCCUGGUCUACCAUGGCCCUGCGACGCAAGCCCUGCGGAACGGAGGAGGCGUCGUCGUCCUCGCCCUCGUCCUCGUCCAACGGUCCAACCGUCUUCCGCAAACUGGUCAAUUUCUUCUCCAAACGCAGACCGGCGAAUGUCGUUCCCCCGGUCGUGCAAUAGACAGACUGAUUGACUGCGCUGCAUGCAUCGAGCAAGAUGUGGUGCAAUCACUUCAUUAUUCACCCCCUAUUUCCCAUCCCGUUCUGUCCCGUGACUACCAUGGCGCCACCACCACUAAAAGAAUACCCCAGCCCAGCACAUGACCCCCUCAAAAUCACCCCACGCCCCCAACAUCAUCUCCUUUACACAGUCUACAUACCCUGCACUACACCCCAUCUAAUCCCAUCCACACCCCACAUCCACCUCCGCCCCAUCAUUCCAUCCACUCCCCUCCCAUCCCGCCCCCAAAAUGGUCCAUGUAUCCCAUGCAUCGAUUCCCCUAGCGAGUCCUACCUUAGUUAGCCUUGACUACACCACCCAUACUGCAUAUUAGCGAAGCAUACCUAUCUAUAGGGGAUUGGUUAUCCAUGAGAUGAGAAUACUUUUUUUCUAUAUCAUAUCAUAUCAUAUCAUAUCAUAUCAUAUUCAUAUCAUAAUGCC